UGUUUGGGGAGGUGCUCUGGUUCUUAUUUCCGUUGGCGGAGAGGUGCCGUUGCCAUGGCAAUUAAAGUAAAGGCCGAGGUCUGUGGAGCUGCAGUGAGAGGAUCGCGGAAUCCGUGGAGAGAAUUGCCUGCGCUUCCUCGUUUGUGAGCUGGAGUUAGAAUGGCCAUCAGUCCAGGAAGAGAUGCAGCUUUCUCCUGUCAGAAGUCAGCACUUUCAGAGAGUCUGCGAACAAAGAAAUUUCCACUAACUGAAGAAGAAAUAUUUUAUAUGAAUUGUAGAGCUGCCUACUUAACUGUUUUUAAAAGCAGCUUAGAAAACAUUAUUUCUAAAGAACAACUUUACUUGGCUCUACAGCAUGCAGGAAGAAAUCCAUCCCAAAAGACCAUUAAUAAGUAUUGGACUCCUGAAACUGCCAAACUGAAUUUUGAUGAUUUUUGUAUAAUUUUAAGGAAGGAAAAACCUACUUCAAAAGCAGAACUACUAAAAUCAUUUAAGCAAUUAGAUGUAAAUGAUGAUGGCUGUAUUUUGCACGCUGAUCUUUAUAAACUUCUAACAAAGAGAGGGGAGAAGAUGACUCGAGAAGAAGUAAAUGCUGUAACAAGUUUGGCAGAUGUAAAUGCUGAUGGCAAAUUUGAUUACAUCAAGUUUUGUAAAUUAUAUGUGACAACCAAUGAGCAAUGUCUCAAAACUACUGUAGAAAAACUGGAAGUUGACAGUAAACUGAGACGUCAACAGUUUGGAAACCACAUUGAAGAACCUCCUGAAAGGGACCCAUCAUCAGUACCAAAACCAUCGCCUAGAAUCAUAAGAAAAACUGAGCAGGAAACAUUCUCAAAUAAAGGUGAUACCAGGAGUUCUUCACUGGCAACAACUAGAAAGUUCAAAACAUCUAUUUCCUUCACAAUUACCAUGGGUGCUAAUAGUAACAGAAACUCAAAGUUAACCGAGCCAAAUUCAAUAAAGGAGUGGCAAUGUGUACAGUCAAAAGGUUGCUUUUUUUUAGAAGAAGAUGGUGAAAUCAUUAGUCAUCAAUAUAGGAUGCAGAUAGCUCAGAGAUCCAUGGUUUAUCUUACAAUUAAACCACUAAACCUGAGUCAAGUUGAAGGAAAACCAUCCCCUUGGUUAUCAAUUGAUACUGCCUUGUAUAUUCUUAAGGAAAAUGAGAGCCAAGCAAAUCUACAACUCAUGUGUUUUACUGAACUACGAAAUAGAGAAGUGUUUGGGUGGACUGGUGAACUAGGACCUGGAAUUUACUGGUUAAUUCCUUCUACAACUGGCUGUAGGCUGAGGAAAGAAAUAAAACCAGUAACUGAAGAAGCCCAACUUGUAUAUAGAGAUGAAACAGGGGAAUUAUUUCUUACAAAGGAAUUUAGGUCAACUUUAUCAGAUAUAUUUGAAGUAAUUGAUUUGGAUGGAAAUGGUCUUCUUAGCCUUGAAGAAUAUAAUUUUUUUGAAUUGAGAACAAGCGGUGAGAAAUGUGAUGAAGAUGCUUGGGCUGUCUGCCGAGACAAUUUUGAUACAAAGAAGAAUGAACUAACAAGACAGGGCUUUAUGGAUCUCAAUCUAAUGGAAGCCAAUGAUCGAGAAGGAGAUCCUCGUGACCUUUGGGUAACUCUACACUCAAUGGGCUACAAUAAAGCUCUGGAACUGACAGAGGCAUGCCCAUUUGUCAUUGAUAUCUAUGGAGACAAAUGCAAGCCAAGAAUUAAAGCUGUCCAUAUGGAGGCAUGCAGUGGGCAACUCGAGAAGGCCAUUUGUAAAUCUGUCCUUAACAAAGGCGAUGCAAGAGUAAUGGAUGGUCAUGAAAAUAUAAUUGUACAUACUUAUAAGCGUGACACCUGGAUAACAUCAGUUAUUGAAAACAAGUCAGAUAAUAAAGUGAUUAUUCACAUCAACAACGAACUAAGUAAAAACUGCGUAAACAACAGAGGACUCAACAUAUUUGCAGUAGAAGUGGCGCCAAAGUCUACAAUGGUUUGUCAACAUGUAAUGCCUGUGAAUGAACGACAAGAAUGGAUAUAUUAUUGUGUGUAUUCCCUUAUAUCUUAAAUAUUGCUUUCUAUUAGAGACUGUCAGGCUAAGAAUUAUUUCAGGUUUAGUCUUUAUUUGUUGAUCAACUAAAUGCUGAUCAAUUUAACUGAUGUAUAUAAACAAUAAUCUAUUUAAUUUGUAUGUAGUUAUAUUUUAUGCCCAUGUUAUAUACUUUAUUAUUAAAAUAUAAAUAAAUAUAAAAUAUAAAUAAUAAUGUUUUUAA